AUGACUGAAAUGCAGUUGCUUUCUUCUUCUUCCAAGGAUAAUAGUCAAGAACCAGAAGGUAUAAAUGAAAAGAUUCCAUUGAGCCUUCCCUCCAGGCAACGUAGUUGUGCUGCGGUAAAUACCCCAUCUGCAUGUGUUAACAAAGCUAUUAAUCACAUUCAAGAUCUAGAAGUGGAAGUGGAAGAAUCCUUUCAACAGUAUGAUCAUUUAUAUAAGAUGGAGAAAAUUCCAUGGGAUACAGAUACUCAAACUGUUGAAGAAACUAAAGAUAUCUGGUUAUCAAUCGCUUCUGAACUGAAGGCUGAACAGUCAUUAUACUGUAAAGACAUCCAGCCUUUAAAGCAGAAAACAACAGCUGUUCUGGCAGAGGUUACAGUGCUAGUUACAAGAUUAGAAGGUGAACGUAAAGCAGCUGAAGAAGCGUUAGAGUUUGAGAAACGCCGUAGGAAAAAACUAUUCCUAAGUGCUGAUAAACUGUCAUUUUGGAGGCUGCAGCAGCUUCCUAUAGCUGUUCAAAAAGAAUGGGAGAAGUGUUCAGAAAAUGUUACAGAAUUUCAGUGGCAUUUUGAGGAAAAAAAUCAGCAAUUACAGGACGCAGUAAACCAACUUGCAAAAAUAGAUGUAGCUAAUGCAAAGAUUCAGGAGCAUAUAGACUACAUGACGAAAUACAGCCCUCUGCUGGGAGAAAAGAUGACUUAUGAAAAUGUCUCUAUAGAAAAAGUAAAAAAGAUAUACCUAGAGGCCAAAGAGGAAUAUGAUAUUGUUCAUCAGAAGCUAAUUAUGUUAAGAGCUAUACAUGCAGAUCUCUCAGAAGAGUGUGAAAGGAAAAGAAAAUCUAUGUCUGAGCAAAUCGAAGCAGCUGAGUUCUUGUUGAACGAUCUUUUGAAUCAGUUUAAAGAAGAUGAAAACAUUUUCACUGAUUACUGUACCAAGGUAAACGAAUUGAAGGAGGCUAUAUUACAAAAUAAAAAUCAUCUUAAAGAACUUAUCAAGCAAGAAGGAGAUGUAAAGGCUGACAUAAUAUCUUGGCAAGAUAAAGUAAGGCGUUUGAUUUUGAAAAUUACCACUCAGGAAAAUGAGAACGAAGAUUUAUUGAAUAAAUAUUAUGAAGAGAUGAAAACUAUGGAAAAUUCUAAAUCCAGUAAGCAGUAUGAUAUACAAAAACUGAAAGAAAAACUCAUGAGUCAUUUUAAGGAAAUAGCCCAUUUGCAGAAUGAAAAUUACUGUCUACUUAAUGAAAAUGGAACAUUUCUGCAAAAAUUCAGAGAGAGUACACGAAGGAAAAUGGGAUAUCAAGCAGAAAUCCAGAUUUUGCAGAAAAAUAUUCGUAGACUGGAAGAGCAUUUAAAAAAAGUCAAUAAAGAACUUUAUUCAGCUGAAUUGGCUUAUGAUGAAGCCAAAACUAAACUGGAGGAAUUGGAGCAAAAGAUGGUUAAAGAAAAAAUGCGUUUCAAGAACUUGGAAGAUAAUGUAAAAAAACAAAUUAAAGAUGAAAUAAGUGCUUGGAAGCUGACCCAGAAAAGGGUUAAAGUACUGCAGGGAGAUCUAGAGAAAAAGCAAAUGGAACAAAUGAAGAUAGAAGAAAAAAUUCAGAAGAAGUUAGCAGAACUUGAACAGCGUGUGGCUGAGCAAUCAGCCAAACUUGCAAGAAAUAAAGAUAUACUAAAAGAUCUGGUUAAGAAAACUGCCCUUUUGAAUCAGAAGAUGCAAGAACUUGAUGAAAAGCAGAAAAAAAUUCAAAAAGAGUUAGAGGACCGCAAGAGUUAUUUUAAAAACCUAUUGGCUGAUAUAGAGGAGAAAUAUUUAGAUAUUUCGAGCCAGCUGGCUAAAGUCAAUGAAGAUAUUGCAAAAUUUCAAAAGGAAAUUGCUAAACUAAAUAACUUAAGUGAAGGAAAGCAAAAACAGCUGGAUACCACAGAGAAACAUGUAGCAGAGUUGAGGGAAAAGUAUGCUAGAAUAAAGGCAAAGGAGGAGAAUGCUCAGAGAUUAGUUGAUUUUCUCCAUGAUCGGCUGGACUAUGUUGAAAAAAAAGUAAAGACAGACGGCAGAGUAUUUGAAGGGCUGCUGUGGGACAGACAGAAAGCUCUGAAAAUUAAGAAGGUUUCUAUCCAUGUUGCAAUGAAUGAAAAUCUUCAUUUAGCACAAGAAUAUCAGAUGCUCCAGAUCUGCUAUCUAAAUGACAAAAAUAAACUUAUGGACUUCUGUGAUCAUAAAGUCAGGGCUGAAGCAGCAUUAAGAGAUCAGCAGCAGCUCUCUCUGCUGCAAAGGAAGCUGCACAAGGUAUUGGUGGAGUACUUCAAACUGCGAGCCCUCUAUAGCCAAGCUGGGCUGGCAAGGUUCCAGGCAGCCUCUCAUGAGAAUUUUCAGAAAAUAUUAGCUGUGCAGGGGGGCUUGUCAGAGACACUCCAACAUACGAGCACUUUCUUGAAGCCUUUGACAGAUGGCUCAUCUACUUAGGAGACAAUGCAAACAACUACUGUGUCUUGGAUGCCGAGAUAUAAGACAAGAAAAGUCACACAGUUCAGAUAACAGUGUAAUUGGACAUUCACCUGUUUGCCAUUUCACACUUCCAUGGACGAAAAACUCACUCACCUCCCAGCAUGCCUUGCCAUUCUUUUACUUACAGCAAAUCCAUAACAAUGAAACAGGUGACUUUCAUGCUGCUGUCAGGAACGAUCUAAUUUCAGCUCUGGGUGACUGAUUGCAAUUGGCUUUGCCUCAUCUGAUAAUUAAUCUAUGUCACCAUUAAUUGGAAGAGAGAAUAAUUACUGGCGGUGUUGACAGUGACUGUACGCUUCCCCAGAUUUCCCCAUUGUCUUGGCCCGAAUAAAGGCUUUGCAAUUCAGUACUUAAAGUUUAUGUAAACUGUAACAAUACCUAUGCCCAUGUGACACUUUCAGACGUUCUGUCUAAUGUACUUUUGUUUUUGUG